AAGUUCGAAACUCUGCCACCAACUUCCAUUUGUUAGUCCAAAGAAAAUGGCAGCCACCACUAUCCGGUUGUCAUCAUACUUUUGUUGUUUGUUGCUGAUAGUGCAAGUGCACUCAGUCAAUCGAGACAACUUCAAAACGUGUGAUCAGAGUGGAUUUUGCAAGCGCCACCGGAGCUUACAACCUGGCAAUAGUCCGUACGUUGUGUUGAUGGACUCAUUAAAAAUCACACCUACUCAAAUAAGUGUUCAGUUACUUAAUACUAAAACAAAUGUGAGACUUAUAGUGGAGCUAUUCGGCCUACAAGGAAAUACAGCCCGAGUGAAAAUUAAUGAACUGGAACCAUUAAAGCCUCGUUAUGAGAUUCCUGUUGGGGAUGUUCUGGUUGGGGAGCCAAGGCAACAGGACAUAAAAGUUCUGGACAAGGCCUCCAGUAGUAUAACAUUAGGUCUGGAGAACAGUAAAAUCGUUCUGACGUACUCUCCGUUCCGUAUCGACUUCAUCUCGGGAGAGGAACCACUGGUCAGUAUCAACGCACAGGGCCUGCUCAAAUUCGAACAUUUUAGGAAGAAACCGGGCUGGGUCGACAAGGUGACUUCUGUUUUCUCAUGGUUUUCCCAACCUUUCAGAGAGGCUAAGCCAGAGGAAGCUGCCCCCGCGGAGCCAGCUGAGGGAGAGGAGAAAAAGGAAGAAGAAGUGAAGAAGGAAGAAGAAGGAGAGAAGAAGCCAGAGGAAGCAGAGGAGUCAGGAUUAUGGGAAGAAACCUUUAAAUCGUUCCAUGAUCCUAAGCCCAAUGGACCUGCCUCUGUUGGAAUUGACAUCUCCUACCCAGGUUUUGAGAAUGUGUAUGGAAUUCCUGAACAUGCUGAAAGUAUGGCACUCAAAACUACAAAAGAUACAGACCCCUAUCGUUUGUUUAACUUGGAUGUUUUUGAGUAUGAACUGUACAACCCCAUGGCACUAUAUGGAUCUGUACCUGUCAUGUGGGCCCACAAUGAGAAGAGCACAGUGGGAAUAUAUUGGAACAAUGCUGCAGAGACGUGGAUAGAUAUCAGCUCCACAACAGCAGACAAGAAUUUCUUUUCAAAAAUUGCGGACCUUGUGAAGGGGAACACGGAGAUGGCUCAGAUGGACACCCAUUGGUUUUCUGAGAGUGGGGUCAUUGAUGUGUUUGUUAUGCUAGGUCCCCGCCCCAAAGAUGUCUUCAAACAGUUUGCUGCUCUGACUGGAUCCACGGAGCUCCCACCUCUCUUUGCAAUUUCAUAUCAUCAGUGCAGGUGGAAUUAUAAUGACCAAGAAGAUGUGAAAAAUGUUGAUGCCAAUAUGGACCUAUUUGACAUCCCGUUUGACGUGAUUUGGUUAGACAUUGAACAUACAGAUGGUAAAAGAUACUUUACGUGGGAUGCCCACAAGUUUCCUGCCUCUAAGGACAUGCUGGACGCUGAAGGAGCUAAAGGAAGAAAGAUGGUGACAAUCGUGGACCCUCAUCUGAAGAGGGACGACAACUACAAAGUGUACGCUGAUGCUAAAAGUAGGGACCUCAUGGUGAAAGGAGGGAACGGAGUGGAGUACGAGGGCUGGUGCUGGCCAGGUUCAUCAAGCUGGCCAGACUUCAUCAACCCUGAUGUCAGGAACUGGUGGGCUUCAAAAUUCCAGUACUCUGAAUAUGACGGAAGUACCCCUGAUCUGUUCAUCUGGAAUGACAUGAAUGAACCUUCUGUCUUUAACGGGCCAGAAAUUACCUUUCACAAAGACGUACUCCAUCAUGGAGGAUUUGAAAACAGAGAUGUACACAAUUUAUAUGGAUUUUAUGUGCAAAAAGCCACAGCUGAGGGGAUUUUGAUGAGGUCUAACAAUGAGCAGAGACCAUUUGUUCUCACCAGAGCUUUCUUUGCAGGAUCUCAGAGGUUUGGGGCAGUGUGGACGGGGGACAAUAUGGGUGAAUGGUCACACCUUAAGGUAUCUGUACCUAUGUUACUGACCUUGAACCUGGCGGGAAUAACCUUUUCUGGAGCCGAUGUAGGUGGCUUCUUCAAGAACCCAGACAGUGAACUCCAGACCCGCUGGUAUCAGGCUGGAGCCUUCCAACCGUUCUUCAGAGCUCACGCCCACAUUGACACAAAGAGACGAGAGCCAUACUUGUUACCGGAGGAGAACAGGAAAAUUGUCCGGGAUGCCAUCCGUCUGCGGUACACUUACCUUCCUUUCUGGUACACACUGUUUUACCAUGGUUACCGUAGCGGUGAGACAGUAAUGAGUCCACUGUGGGUUGAGUUCCCGGAGGAUAAAAGCACAUUCAAAAUGGACGAUGAAUAUCUAUUAGGGUCAUCACUUCUGGUUAAACCAAUCACAGAUCAGGGGGCAACUGGUACAACCGUGUAUUUCCCUGGCAGAAAUGAUGUUUGGUAUGACAUACAGACACAUCAAAGCUAUGCAGGUGCUCAGAAUACUUACAUUAAUGCACCUCUUGGGAAAAUCCCAGUCUUUCAGAGGGGUGGAUCCAUUGUUCCACGUAAAAUGAGGGUGCGGAGGUCUUCCUCACUUAUGUCAUCUGAUCCCUUCACUUUGGUUAUAUGUCUCAAUAAACAGGGUGAAGCUGAGGGAGAUUUAUAUGCAGAUGAUUAUAAAUCAUUCGCUUACAGAAGUGGAAAUUACAUUCACAGAGAAUUUAGCUUCAAAAAUAAUAUAUUAAAAAGCAGUAAUGCUGAUCCAAAUGGACAAGGAUCAACUAAAGAAUGGCUAGAAAAAUUAGUCAUUGUAGGAUUUCCUAAAGCUGCGUCCAGUGUCGAUAUGACAGUUGAUGGAAAUUCACAGUCUCUGUAUCAUAAUUAUGACAGUACCACUAGAGUGUUAACAGUUAGGAAGCCGGGAGUUAACAUUGCUAAAGAUUUCACCAUUACCAUUCAGUAAAGAGCAGCCUCAUUAGUCCAUAUCAUUAUGAAGGAGCCAAUCAGGAAUUGUUUAACAUUUCAAAGCUCUGAAUUUCAUUGUCAUCUCUCUAUUUUUUGACCCCUCACCUCACUUUUGAAUCAAAUGGAUGUUUUAAUACUUACAAUUAGUGAUUAUGUUUUGUCUUGGAUUAUUGUUUGAACAUUUUCCAAGUAAUUAAUGUUUUUAAAAACAAUUUGAAAAUGCAUUUUUGUAGAGGCAAUACCAAAAAUCUUACAGUAUUUUACUGACGGCAUUUUACAAUAUUUAAUAUAAUACUACAUCUCAUAAUCCGAGAAGAAAACUUUGUCUGAGAAGUUUCCUGUACCAAAAAUGGGAGAAGUUUAUUUAUUAUUUUCACAAUAGAAUCUGAUUUCCACCCAUGACUUAAGUUACAAAUACAUUUAUUUCCAAAGAAUGAAACUUAAAAAAAAAAAUCAAAAUAAUAGAUUGUAAUAGUCAAAUUACCAAUGGUCAGAAAUUUUUGGAUUUUAAAUUCAUCAUCAGGAUAUAUAGUAUACCUACAUGUACUUAUACAUGUUUAAAUGUAGAACAUUCCAUGUUUGUUAGCUUGCUUUUUGAUUGACAUUUAAUAGCAAGAUUGUCCCAGAAUUACAAUCUGUAUUUAUUUGAACUUUUGAAAAUGUAUUCAGUCCAGAAAAGCAGACAGGAGGAGCCAGUAGAAGUGAUAUAUAUACCCAUAAAUAUCUACAGUAUUAGGGUUUUAAAAUAAAUGAAAAAAAAUCUUAUUAUUCUGUGAAAACAAGCAUAAAAAUUUCAUUAGAGGGUAAAGGUACAGUGUAGGUCAAAAGUUACUUCUUUAGGAGAAAUGUACAUGAAAACAACACAUGUUGUUAACAAUAGCACUGUUUAUUUAAUUUAUUAGUAAAAACUUAUAAUUCUGUAAGAACGUAAUAAUUCUGACUUGUCACAAACAAAAGCUGGCAUUAAGUACUGUAUACUUUUGACUUUUUUAUUAAAUUUUUUUUUAGCAAAGUAAUUUGUUUUCAAGGAUAGAGUUACCUCUCUCAACAAAGGGCCAUUCCUAUUUGUGCAGAAACUCAUGAAAUGUGUGUCAUAGGAAAGAUAGGAAAACCAAAUUACCAUCAAAUACUGUACAUUAAUUUUUAUAAAUCUUUAUGAUAAACUAUUACACAGAGAAAAUCAUAAGGAUUUAUCCAUAUUUAAUUAAGUUGAUCUCCUUAAAGCAGAGCAACCAUUUUUCUAAAAGCUAAAUCCUUUGAUAUUUUUGUCACAAGCCAAGAAAGAAAAAGAUCCUCAUUUUUUUUUCUAGAUCUUUAAGUUAAAAUAUAUUUUGUAUACAUUUGGUCAGAAUGAUGCUUUUUGUGUUUGUACCAGUGAUAUUGUUUAUGUAACUACAUGUUCUGUAGUUGGAGAGGUGCAAGAAAGAAUUAAAGUCAUGAUUGUUAUUGCCAUCAUUUAUUUAAAAUGUGUUAAAUAAUCUCAGAUUUUAGAAAUCUGAUAAUCACUGUAAAAUAUCAGGAUGGGGUAUCUCCAUUUUGACUGGGUAAAUAUUAAUUUUGUAUUUACUGUUGGCAUUGUGCUGCAUCCAAUUUAAUACAUUGAAAAGUGCUUUCUAAAUUAUUGCUGAUCAUGUAAGUGCUAUGAAUCUAAUUAAAAAAGCAGAACUAUAGAUUAAAAAUCUUGACCAGGUCAAAAAUUUUUUUUCAUAUAUGUUUUAUGGUGCAUUAUAACCCAUAUAAACUGCUCAUAUUUAACCCUAGGAAAAAUUGUUAGUUGUUUUUAUUCAAACCAGAAAAUAUGAAA